AUGGAGGGGACCCAGAAAAGCUUCCACUUUGCCUGGAAGUUCACUUUGCCCUUUGACUUUGUGUCUGCUGCAGAUGGCACCAACGUAGUGAAGCUCCUCAGUGAUGCUAUCCAGCUGGCAGUUGCUUCCAACCAGAAUUCAGGAGAUUUCAUGGACGAGGUCGUGGGAGAACUGGAGCCCGCAGACGGGAACCCCCGGGUGCCCAGGGGCGAUGGCACCCAGAAGCGGAUCUCGGUGGAGCACACGUACCAGAAGAAGACGCAGCUGGAGCACAUCCUGCUCCAUCCCGACACCUACAUCGGCUCCGUGGAGCUGGUGCCCCAGCAGGUGUGGGUUUUUGAUGAGGACGUGGGCCUGAACUGCCGAGCUGUGACCUUUGUGCCUGGCUUAUACAAAAUCUUUGAUGAGAUUCUAGUCAGUGCUGCAGACAACAAGCAGAGGGAUAAAAGCAUGUCAUGCAUUACAGUUACAAUUGAUGUGGAGAAUAACACAAUCAGUGUAUGGAACGAUGGGAAAGGUAUUCCAGUUGUUGAACACAAAGUGGAGAAAGUCUGUGUGCCCGCUCUGAUCUUUGGACAGCUGCUAACAUCCAGCAACUACGAUGACAAUCAGGUGGUUUGGAACAAAGCCAAACUGUGCAACAUAUUUAGCACAAAAUCUACUGUGGAAACUGCAUGUCGCGAAUACAAAAAAUUAUUCAAGCAGACGUGGACAGACAACAUGGGCAAGGCUGGUGAAAUGCAGCUGAAGUAUUUUGAUGGAGAAGAUGACCCGUGUGUCACUUUCCAACCUGAUCUGUCAAAACUCAGAAUGACCAUUCUUGAUAAAGCCAUUGUAGCACUAAUGUCUCGAAGAGCAUAUGAUAUUGCUGGAUGCACAAAGGAUGUCCAAGUUUUCCUAAAUGGACAGAGGCUGCCUGUGAAAGGAUUCCGCAGUUAUGUGGACCUCUAUCUGAAGGACAAAGUAGAUGAAACUGGGAAUGCACUUUAGGUUCUUCAUGAAGAAGUAAAUUCUCGGUGGGAAGUCUGUUUGACUUUAAGUGAAAAAGGCUUCCAGCAAGUUAGCUUUGUCAACAGCAUUACCACUACAAAGUCAGAACACUGUAAGCACAUCACCCUGUGGCACGUGGUGAUCGGGGCCACCCGGUUGACUCAGCUGGGCCCUGAGGCCCAAGGGCGCCAUAUUAAGCGGCUCCUGGUUCACGAACACUAUACUGGAGGAUCAGCUGAUGUGCCGCAGGAGGCCAAGGUCUGCCUCAUGGAUGUCAGCCUCUGCAAGAGCAGCUGGUGGUCCAGAGGGACCAUCCACGCCCACAGGCUGUGUGCCGGCUGUGCGCAGGGUGGCAUCGACCCCUGCCAG